UCACGUGCGGCGGAAAUUAGACAGUAAAACAUUCGAAUUAAACUGCUUCAUUCAACAUUCAUUUGAACAAAUGUUGCUUUACAAUUAAAAUAGUUCAUUCAUUUAAAACAGUUCAAUAAUAAUUGUAUCAAUCCGUAUCCUGAAGUUUUAUUCAUGGAUCUAUAUUUCAAAGCGCUCUCCUCUAGUGUCUAGUGCGAAUGUGUUAUACGGUCAACAAUAACAAAGAUCUGCAGUGCAAAGAUUUCAUUGUGAAAGAACACUGUAAGGAAUUAUUUGACAGAGCAACAGAAGCACACAAAGUUUGAUGUACACUCAGUGAAAGCUUUAAACAACAAAAUUACAAAGACAGGAAGCUACACAAUUUUCUGAUGUAAAUAAUGGUUUGGUUAAAGUGCUAGUCUACAUGCUGACAAGUAAGAAAGAUAACAGUCACAUGUAAGUGCACAGAAUCAAAAUUAUAGCCAAUGCACUUGUUCAAACGUAAACAAAAAUGUGUAGAACGUAGAUGACCUCUUGUCUACAGCGUUCUGUGUGACCAAUGAAGCAGAGUCAGGGACAGCAGUUCUGAAGAUUUCAAAUAGUGAAACUUGUGUGUGGUUUCUGAGAAUUUCCAGCCUUGUUGUGUUGCUAGGGGCUUUCCUUGCAAACCAUUUAGGUCACCAUGGGUACCCCUGAGGAGCAGAUUGUUGCCGACUCGGCUAACAUGUCUGCAUUAUCAAUGAUGGACUCAUCACGUGUAUCAACAUUUGUUAUCUCCAUUCUCCUCAUUGUGUAUGGCAGCUUCAGGUCCUUGAUGAUAGAACAAGAAAAUAAAGAGAAAGAAAAAGAGAAGCCGUAUGGUUCAGAACCAGAGACCAAUGUUCAGACCAUUGACAUGUGUCAGGCUGCGUUCUUGCCAUUAGGGGCUUCCGUAUCACUCCUUGUCAUGUUCCUGUUUUUUGACUCUCUACAGAUGGUCUUCGCUAUAUGUACAGCUGUUUUAGCCACUGUAGCCUUUGCUUUCCUCCUGCUCCCGAUGUGCCAAUACAUGAUGAGGCCAUGUUCUAAUAGCCAAAAGAUUUCCUUUGGUCUGUGUGGCCGUUUCACUGCGGCGGAGCUGGUGUCAUUUUUCCUGUCCUUCAUCCUAGUCUGUUUCUGGGUGCUGACUGGCCACUGGUUGUUGAUGGAUGCCCUGGGAAUGGGUCUAUGUGUGGCGUUUAUAGCGCUGGUUCGUCUUCCCAGUUUGAAGGUGUCCACACUGCUGCUGGUUGGACUAUUGAUAUAUGAUGUGUUCUGGGUAUUUUUUUCCUCCUACAUAUUUAGCGCCAAUGUAAUGGUCAAGGUAGCCACAAGACCUGCAGAUAACCCUGUGGGGAUGCUAGCCAAGAAAUUCCAUUUCACAGGCCUGAUGAGGGAGGCACCUAAGCUGUCGUUGCCAGGAAAACUGGUCUUCCCAAGCAUGCAGAAUUCAAGUCACUUUUCCAUGUUGGGUCUUGGGGAUAUUGUGAUGCCAGGUCUGUUGCUGUGUUUUGUGCUGCGCUAUGAUGCCUACAAGCGGUCGCAGCUGGUUUCCCCAGACCAGGGCAUCCCACCACCGCCAACCUACGUUCAGAAAAUCACAUACUUCCAUUGCUCUCUCAUUGGCUACUUUCUUGGCCUGCUGACUGCCACUGUAUCCAGUGAGGUGUUCAUGGCUGCACAGCCAGCUCUACUCUACCUCGUACCCUUCACCCUUCUGCCCCUCCUCACUAUGGCAUACUUAAAGGGAGACCUAAGGAGAAUGUGGCACGAGCCAUUUAUUGUGAACAAGGCACCAAAAGACUUGGAUGUUUAACAUCGAACUUGGAUGUUUAACAUUGGACUCGAAAGCUUAGGCUCUGUACAUAGGAAAUCUCAAACUUUGUGAUUCUUCAUUAAGUCAGUGCCAGUGAUCCGAACAAUAAGAUAAAACUCAAUGUAAAUAUAGAAGUUGUUUCAGAUCUGCAAUUUGCUAUUUCAGUACAUGUCAACCACGAAUGACGAAAAAAGAAAAGUUCUAAAAUACCGUAUUUUUUUACAAUUAUUAGUUUACAUUGAUUAAAAUAUCACGACUGGUAUAUUACAUUACUUGAAAAAAGUUAAUAUUUUCAGUAUAUUCGGUUAUAAAAUUUCGCGAUGUGAAAUCAAAAGUACACCGUGAAAAUAGGUGACAUAACGAUAUAAACACCAUAAAUAACGCAAGUAGAUUGAUCAUUUUAUGUAUAAAAUAUAUAUAUUCAAUACGCAUGCACAAUUUGUAUUCCUGGGCUUACCACGUGGCGAUGAUGAUCAAUCUACUUGCGUUAUUUAUAGUUAACUGGUAGUUACCUGGUAGACUUACCCAGUAAAAUUUAUUACCGAAUAUACUGAAAAUAUGAAAACUUAAAAACUUUUGUCUAGUAAUGUAAAAUAUCAGUCGUGAUAUUUUAAUCAAUAUAAACUAAUAAUUGUAAAAAAAAUGCCGUAUUUUACAACUUUUCUUUUCUUCGUCGUCGUGGUUGACAGUCCCUUAAAGCGGGUAAAAUAAGUUUUGACCAUUCUAUUGGAGAAUUAAACUCGAGUGUGUUAGGAAAGUUUUUUUAUUUAAAAAAAGGACAGUGCUAGUGCAUAGUGACCUAAUAUCAUUGAUUCAAUACCUUUAUGCUGGUUAAAAAGUGAUAACAGUGUUAGUAAUUACAUUCAUAGUGUUUCACAAGCAUAGUUCAAUUGCUGAGAAUAGAGGUAUUGUCCUUGAUGUCUAAUGUGCUGGAGAUACAACUGGGGCACUAUCAUCUCUUGAAGCAUUGACAUCUUAGUGUUCAUAGUGAAUGAUGUGGAGUGCUGUUGAGAAAGGAGCUGUUAGUCCUCUGUAAAUCAGUUCAUCUUAUGCACUAUUAUCAAUAAUUAAUAUAGUUGGAAGCCAGCCGAGGUGGGAUCUGCUAUACGAUGAAGUGUGAAUUAUUGUAAACAGGGACAAUGAAAGUAUUGGAUGGUAGGGGCAUUUAGUCCUUUGGUUGUUUGCUGUCACUAUGUUGAGUUGGAUGCAGUACAUUUGUAUGAAUCUGUUAUGUGAAUUGAAUAAAACAGUUGUCUGCUAGAACUGUUUAGUUCCUUUCAAUACAUAUGCAUGGUUUGUCAGAAUAUGUGCUUACCAUUCUGUGAAACAAUUGGCUGUUCAUAAUUUCAACAAACCUUUAGAACAAGCAUAGAAAAAGAAGCCAUAACUGGUAUAAAUUAAAAUAUAGUUUGGCAAUAGAGAAUGUAAUAAGUAAAUAUACAUGUUUAGUGGAGUAAAAAAUAUUGAUUUAUAAUGAGGACUGAAAAUGUGUAAAUAUUAGAAAUAUGUUGUUAUUCAAAUGUGAUGUUUUUAAUCUAUUUUUAUUUUCCAGUAUAAUAGUAUGCAUUAUAAUUUAUAUUUCAAAAAGUAACUUCAAUGAAUGUCUCAUGGUUUUUGUAAUCAUUCAAACAUAUGUUGUGAAAUGUCUGUACAGUCUUCAUAUUCAUUUAGCUCCUUUUCUAUGUCAAAUGCAAUAUUUUCUGUUUACAAAAGAGUACAAUUAAUUUACAGCGACAUAAACAUGCCAAUUAUACUGGAAUUGUAUGAUUCAAACACCUUCAAUAAAGUGUAUAGCAAGUGAUUAAGCAAAUGAAGAUCCUGUGUUUUAUUAGUCUGGUUGCUGACAGACUUAUUACUAGUGUGCAAUUUUAGGUUAUACAACAUUGUGUACAUCGUGUUUUUAAGCUGUAUAUGAUUUGUUUGUAUAGAUAGUGUGCCAUGAAGAAAACAGUUUUGUGAUUUCUAGGUCACCUUUUGUCCGUUGUCCCUCAACAUUUUCCUUGUGAACACUGUAGAGGCCACAUUUAAUGGUAUAGCCAAAUCGUCAUAGAGUUUGCCCAAAACUUUUAUGCAAAUGAUAUCUCAACCAAGCUUAAAACUGGGUCAAGUAGAAUAAACAACUAUGUUACUACAUGUAGGUAAAAAAGAAAACUCUUGAAUAGUCUUUAGACCACAUUUUUUUGCACACUCUUCAUGAAACUUGAAAAGAAUAUUUUUCCAAGUGAUAUCAUAAUCAAGAUUGAAACUGAUUCAUGUGUGGUCAUAAACUAGGUCAAUUGGUUGAACAAAUAAAAAUGCUUGUGAACUAUUGGAGAGUUUUAUUGUGAAACCUUGUGAACGAAAAUUGCACACAACAGUUAAGCUCCUUUGGGUCUCAGAUGAGCGUUUCCUAAUGUUACUUUCGUUUUUACAUGUUUUAGUUAUAUAGAUGAAAAAUUAAUUGUUUAUGUUUUGAUGCAUUCUGGUACAUCAACUGACUUAAUGUAUCAUGUAACAUGAUGUAAAUUUCAUAGUCCUAUCGCCUAUAUACAUUAAGUGUGUUGCAUUGGUUUUCUCGAUAAGUUUCAUGCCAAUGUAUAAAUGUUGCCAUCUUUCUAUCUUUCAUAUUAUGUUCAUAUAAUUCAUUAAAUAGAUAGAUAGUAAUAGAUAGUGAAUAAAUAGUGAAUAUAAUUUUAUUUAUCACUUAACAGGUACAAUCUAUUGCAACUACAAGUGUUUUAUGACUUCAACUUUGACAUUGAGAUUUUUUGUACAGUGAAACAAAAGAAAAGACUUUAACAAGUAUGAUUAUAAAUUUGAACAAAUUAAAACGUCCUCGUACACCAUGAAAAAUAUUUUGAAAUGUAUACGCUCUUUUCAUUCAAUUGACUACUUGUUUGCACAUUUAUAUUACCUUUUCUAAAAUUGCAUUCAGAAAGCCAAUAAAAGUACACUAUUUUUGUAGCAUACCAUGAUUGUUAUGCCCCCACAGAGAAGAGCGCAUUAACCCUUUGCAUGCUGGGAAAUUUGUUGUCUGCUAAAAUGUCGUCUGCUGAAAUUUUAAAAUUAGCAUUUUCUUCAUUUUUUUCAAAGCAUACUAUCAGAAUAACAAACAGUUUGGAUCCUGAUGAGACGCCACGUUCUGUGGCGUCUCAUCUGGAUCCAAACUGUUUGCAAAGUUCUUCAAAAUUCGGUUCCAGCACUGAAAGAGUUAAGCAAUGCACUUGUCCUUCUUUCUGUUUUUCAAAUCCUCUAACUCUGGAUAAAUCUCACUUAAAAAGAAUGACCUUAAUGUAAGGAUGAUUGUUUACUAAAGAACAGAAUUUAGGCUUCUACAAAUUUUUGCAGAACUAUAGUCGUUGUUUUUUUCACAAACAAAAAGCUGUGCUUUCAACUCCUAACUACUUGGUGGAUCCAGCUAAUAUAGUCACAUUUAAAGGAAUUUUUUGUGUUGCGAGUUUUGGCAAAGUUAUGGCCCUUUGUUAGAUUUUAACUCAAUUGCGCACAAAGCGCUCAUGGUAAGCUUUUGUGAUCGCUUUUUGUCCGUUAUGCGGCGUGCAGGGUCAAAAUUUGCCUUGUUAACUCUCUAGAGGCCACAUUUAUUGCCUGAUCUUCAUGAAAUUUAGUCAGAAGAUUACUGCCAAUAAUAUGGACGAGUUCGCAAAUCGGUCCAGUCAGUUUAACAAUAUAGCCACUAGGGAGCAGGGCAUUUUACCUUAUAUGGCUUUUGUAAAACCUUGUUAACACCCUCAAGGCCAUAUUUAUUGUCCAAUAAUCAUGAAACUUGUUAAGAUUUUUCUCAUGGAUAUCUUGGACAAGAUCGAACAUGGUUCAGGUUGAUAGAAAAACAUGGCUCAAGAUCGAACAUGGUUCAGGUUGAUAGAAAAACAUGGCUGAAGAUCGAACAUGGUUAAGGUUGAUAGAAAAACAUGCCUGAAGGGGACGGGGCAUUUUUCCUUAUAUGGAUGAAGUAAAACCUUGUUAGCACUCUAAAAAUUACAUUUAUAGUCCACUCUUCAUUAAACUUGGUCAGAACAUUUGUGCUUAUGAUAUCUUGGACUGUACAGAACAGGUCAGUUCCUUUGUUUCUCAGGUGGGCGACUUUGGGCCUUUCAAGCCCUCUUUUUUACAUGAAUAGUUUUGUUGUUUGCUAAAACCUUAUUUUAUAUAUCAAUUUAUAUAAGACAACAAUUCAGUUUUUUUACUUACUUUGUUACUUUCAUACAAUAUAUUUUGUUGGUACGUAAGGUGUUUGCAUUAUACAUUUUGUGUUGGUCAAACUUUUAUACUAUUGGCAAGGGUUUUUUCAUUGUCUUGUUUUAUCAAACGUAUUGUACAAUGUUUGAGUAGUAAAAUAAAUUUUAUGAAAAGCU